AUGGGGACCUUGCGGGAUCUCCAGUAUGCCCUGCAGGAGAAGAUAGAGGAGCUGCGGCAACGUGAUGCCCUGAUAGAUGAGCUGGAGCUUGAGCUGGACCAGAAGGAUGAGCUGAUCCAGAGGCUGCAGAACGAGCUGGACAAAUAUCGAUCCGUGAUCCGGCCUGCCACGGCCCAGCAGGUCCAGGCCCAGCAGCAGAGCCUCGUCCUGCAGCCUGACCACCACCGCAGCAAGCGGCAGGCCAUCUCCGCUGAACCCACCGCCUGUGACAUCAGCGACCUGUGCCAUGUGACCCUGCCCUUCUACCCCAAGAGCCCAGAAUCGAAGGAGCUGAUAAAGGAGGCCAUCUUGGACAAUGACUUCAUGAAGAACCUGGAGUUGUCUCAGAUCCAGGAGAUCGUGGACUGCAUGUACCCAGUGGAUUAUGGGAAGGACUCCUGCAUCAUCAAAGAGGGAGACGUGGGCUCGCUGGUGUUUGUGAUGGAAGAGGGGAAGGUGGAGGUGACAAAGGAGGGGAUGAAGCUGUGCACGAUGGGACCGGGCAAAGUGUUUGGAGAGCUCGCCAUCCUCUACAACUGCACCAGGACCGCAACAGUGCAGACUCUGACCCAUGUGAAGCUGUGGGCCAUUGACCGGCAGUGCUUCCAGACCAUCAUGAUGAGAACUGGACUCAUCAAACACGCCGAGCACAUGGACUUUCUGAAGAGCGUUCCCACCUUCCAGAGUCUUCCGGAGGAAACUCUCAGCAAACUGGCAGAUGUCAUGGAGGAGACUCAUUAUGAAGAUGGAGAGUACAUCAUCAGACAGGGAGCCCGAGGAGACACCUUCUUCAUCAUCAGCAAGGGGAAGGUGAAUGUGACCCAGGGGGAUUCAGCCAAUCAGCAGCCUGUACACCUCAGGGAGCUGGUCAAGGGAGACUGGUUUGGAGAGAGAGCACUACAGGGAGAGGAUGUCAGAACAGCCAACGUGGUCGCCUCUGAGCCCGUCACCUGCCUGGUCAUCGACAGAGACUCAUUCAAGCAUCUGAUUGGUGGACUGGACGACGUUUCCAAUAAAGGCUACGAGGAUGCUGAAGCCAAAGCCAAAUAUGAGGCGGAGAAUGCCUUCUUCUCCAGUCUGAAGCUCAAUGAUUUCAACAUCAUUGACACGCUGGGAGUCGGCGGCUUCGGACGCGUCGAACUGGUGCAGCUGAAGAGCGACGAGGCGAAGACGUUUGCCAUGAAGAUCUUGAAGAAACGUCACAUCGUUGACACAAGACAGCAGGAGCACAUUCGCUCUGAGAAACACAUCAUGACCGAGGCGCACUCCGACUUCGUCGUCAGGUUGUACCGGACGUUUAAAGACAGUAAAUAUCUGUACAUGCUGAUGGAGGCGUGUCUGGGUGGAGAGCUGUGGACCAUACUGAGAGACAGGGGCUCCUUUGAAGAUUCCACCACCAGGUUCUACACGGGCUGCGUGGUCGAAGCGUUCGCGUACCUCCACGCCAAGGGUAUCAUUUACAGAGAUCUGAAACCUGAAAACCUCAUUCUGGACAGUCGAGGAUACGCCAAGUUGGUGGACUUUGGUUUCGCUAAGAAGAUUGGCGUUUGUAAGAAAACGUGGACGUUCUGCGGGACGCCCGAGUACGUCGCUCCUGAGAUCAUCCUCAACAAGGGUCACGACGUCUCCGCUGACUACUGGUCUCUGGGCAUUCUGAUGUAUGAGCUGCUGACUGGCAGCCCUCCAUUCUCAGGUCCAGAUCCAAUGAAAACCUACAAUAUCAUCCUGAGAGGCAUCGAUAUGAUCGAGUUUCCAAAGAAAAUCACCAAGAAUGCUGCCAAUCUCAUCAAGAAGCUCUGCAGAGAUAAUCCUUCAGAGCGACUUGGAAACCUCAAAAAUGGAGUCAAAGACAUCCAGAAGCACAAGUGGUUUGAAGGUUUUAACUGGGAGGGUCUGAAGAAAGGGACACUGACUCCGCCCAUCAUACCUGAUGUCUCCUCUGCGAUUGAUACCAGCAACUUUGACAGUUUCCCUGAAGACACAGAUGAACCGCCACCAGAUGACAACUCUGGGUGGGAUUAUGACUUUUAAAGUGGUAACCAUGAAUUCACAUCAGCACCCAGAGUCUGACACAUUAUGAAGAGUUUGAUGACUUCUCACCAAGCUGAACAAAGACUACGUGGGCGUCUUGGUGAAAUAUCUUACCUGAAGUGAUUGUGUUGUUCUAAGCAUGGCUCGACCUUCUGGGAGUCAAACUCUGAUGAUUUGAGUACCUAGUGCGUGGGAGUUCAUAAAAGGAAAUGGACUUCAGGCCUUUCCCAGGUUGAAUUGGUGAAGUUGGUUCCCUCUAAUGGGGAGAAUUUGGGACUGGCCUGAGAGCUGGAAGAUGAAACAGUUCAAUCAUCAAUCAAACUGCCUGUUUGUUCUUUUUUCUAAGACAAUCCAGGAUGAUUUCUUGAGCCACUCAGAGCAGGAUGUCAGUCCUACAAACCUCUUGUGCAUUCUUGCUGGUUUUUGCAAAUGGAUAUAAGCAGGUUUUUAACUUUUACAACUUCCAGAAAUGAUCUCAGAUUUUAGAUAUUUAUCUACGGGACCCUGGGAAAUUAAUGGUACACCCACAAAAAUGUUACACAGCACAGAAGAGAUUUUUCUGUGACACCUCUGAUUGUCUCGUGAACCCAAAGAACCCUGAUUCCUUGUUUAGCUACAGAGGAACUUUGGGUGUGUUCCUCCAUCAGCAGUCAGUGACCUGUGUGGCUCUUUCUUUGUGCCCCAUUUACUGCUGCAAGACUUUAUGUCCCAUAUAUUGCUGCAAAACAACUAUUUUUCAACUCUCUGAAAGCAGGAAAUGAGUUCAAAAACUGUUUGACUAACACACAGAUGACCCGCUUUGCUCUAGCAAGCUGGGAGAGACGUCCCCGCUCCUUCAGCCUUUACAUCCACAGAAAUGUGCCAAUUAGGCAGAAAUAAUGCUUGGAUAUUCCUAAGAGGAAAAAAGAAGAUCAUAUUUUGCCACAGCUUUGGGUAUCUUCACCCGCCUUGAGUCAGUGACACACCACAGGCCUUGUUAGUGUCCCAUUCAACUGAUGCACCUUUCAGAGGAAGUGAUGUUUACCAUAAAUCUGAUGUCUGCAUCCAUCAAAGAUACCUGAGGCUGAAGCCGGUACAUCCUGACAGUUAAAUAAAGUCAUCCCUAAGUGUUUCUGAGAGCAGUGGACAAGGCUGGAUUAUCAGGCUACCAAAGUGGGGAGCUUCUCCAAGGCCUCACAUCCUCAGUGGCUCCAAAGAUCUGAGGGUUUCUUUAUGGUAAUUACUUUUUAGUGACUUCAUCACAAGGUUAUCUAAAAGCAAAGACCAGUUAAAAACUCUAAGGACUUAACCGGAGAGCCCUCCUGCAUAUUUCCCUCCUGGGUUAAAUCAUCUUUGCAACUAAACUGGCUGAAAAUAAGUGAAAGCAAUGAAGGACGGCAUUCCUGUUUGAACGGCUUCAGAUCAUCUUUCCCAUACUUCCCGAGGACAUCGAAGGCAUCGUGGUCCGAUUUUGUGCAAGCAAUGGAAAACUUCUCCUCCUCUCAAGUGGCCUUGCUAACUGACACUUGAACUUUGACCCCCUCAGUCGGAGAUCAUUCUACCACUGCCUGUUAUGUUGGAGGUAGGUUUGGAAGUUUCUGGGUUUUAGCUCUCUCAGAGAGAGCUGGAGGGUGGGCAUGCUCCUCUGUGGCAGGAUUAACCAGACUGAGUGAAAUGAAAAACAAACUGAGACUGAACACACCGUAGGUCACCGUGAUGCCUUCGCUUCCUGUUUCAUUUUCUGGAAUUUCAAAUCCAAAGAUGGAAAGAAAAAAAAUGUUGGCCAUAGUAGCAUUCUUCACCCCCAAGGGAGGAUGGGGCAGUGAUGCAAACAUUUCCUCUUUUAAACCUUCCUUUCUAUAUCAUUCUUUAUGUUGUGAGUCUUUGAAUUGCUGCAUGAGAACAGAUAUUUUGUACAAUUUUCCAAAACUUCCUACAUGUUUUUGCACAUAAACUUUGACAGCAUGGUUUGAUUUCUUCUGUUAGUCUGAAGGUGUUGGUUCAGGUGUGUUUAGAUUUGCUGUAAUGCAUCAAAGGCUCUGUUCAGAACACAUUAGGAUGAACUCAGAGUUUUUUUUUUUUUUUUAAUAACCUCUGAAUGUUGUGCUGGAAAGGAAAAAGAAAAAUAGCAUUCAUCACUUUUGCAUGCUGACAGUAACUCCAUGAUGAAGUGGACCUCUAGUAUUGUUGAUUUGAAAAGUCUGCAGUUUGUUUUGUUUCCACAAAAAUUUUAAUCAUAAAAAAGAUCCAGUUUGUAUUUAUUUAAAUUUGUACUGAUGACGUAUUUUGUGGCCUUUUGUAAAAGCAGCUAAUAGUCUCAGUUUGGUAUGAAGUCUUUAUCUUUGGCUGUCAAAUUUUGCUGUGAUAUUUUUGUAAAAUGAUCAGUGAUGUGACUUCUGUGAGCUCUGCAUGACAACAACAGUAUGUUCAAUUUUCACCACCGGAGGGCAGCACACAGUCAGACUUCAGCAACGCGGCCAGUGCUGAGCAUUUCCAGGAGAUACCUUCAGUGGAGACAUUCACUCCAGCAAGGGAUCGCGUCCCUGUUUCUGGGGUCUGGAGCUAAUAAUUACACCUAUGAUCCCCACUAAUUAUCAGUAAUUUCCCACUGUAUCCUGUUAGUUUAAUGCUCAGCCUGAAAUGUGAAAUAGAGGCCUUCACAGUCUAAAAACCUACAAACAGAACUAUUCAAUCACAAAUCACCCCAACAGCCCAGCAGCUCAGUUUAUUCUGACUGACUUCCUCCUGAGUUAAAACACAGCCGAUGUGGGAAAGCAGAGGUUUGAAAAAUAAAAUAAAAAGAAUAAAUAUGACAUGUAUUUGGACCAGAAGUAGAAAUAUUCAUGUUUAUAUCAAAGGUAUGAUGCUUUGUGUUUGUGUGAUGAAGUUCAAGUUUCACUGAUUUAUUUGUAUAUACUGGGAUAUGGUGUUUAAGGAUGUUUUCAGCUGUUUAUUGUUAUUAUUUUAUUCUUAUUGCUACAAUGGCUGUUGCGGUAGCUGAAGAAGCCUUCUGACUCUUUUUGUCUCAGUUGAAAAAGCUUUAUGGUCAUGACUGUUAAAAGAGAAACUCUUUGCCAAAGCUGUUCGAUCUGUUUCAAAAAUAAAAGCUGUAAAAAACAAACAAAAAAACUUCAGUGUUUCUUAUGUUGUAAAUAUGAAGCUGAAUAGCACUAGGAAAUGUCAGCUCAGCAACCUCCAAACUAGCAUUUGUUCUCUCCAUCGCUGUUCCAGCCUUUAGAUGAUGAUGAUGAUGACGAUGAUUGUAAUGUGACCUCAGUCACAAAAUACUUGAACAAGCAGGAGCGACUCAGGGUCAUCUCUGCAGAAACACCUGAGACUGACACUUCAUGACUCUUUAAAUCCCUGCAAAGGAAGCUAAAUCAGUCUGAUUGAU